AUGACUAAAAUCAAUCUAUUGCGUGAGUAUGAAGCAGAACGUAAAUUGCAAAAUUCGAAAGAUAAAACGAAUUCCAAAAAAGUCACUGAUGAUAAAGACAAUAAUGAUGAUGAUUAUGCAGCACAAGACAUGCUCAUUAGUAUGUAUGCCCACUGGAAAUUAUUGGUCAAACGCUGCAUCGAUAAUAUUGCACUAACUUUGCGUGCCGCAUGUGUGUUUGAUACAUGUUCGGGAAUAAGUGAUCGUUUGAGAAAAUUUCUCGCAGAAUAG